AUGAAGAAUUUGGGACAGCGGGUUGCCGUUGAUGCCAUGUCUGCUGCGACCGCCGGUGGGUUGGUUGCGCCGAUCGUGAGCAUGAUCGAUAAAGCCAUCAUCGAAAAUGCCUCGGGCAAACGCGCCCUCAUGGCCUCCAUCAGAUCCUCGCUCAAAACCAUGCUUCUGCGCCCACACACCUACAUCCUCUCCAAGCCCUUCGCGCUGAUCUUCAUGGUCUACGGCGGAACCUACCUCACCGCGAACACGCUCGACACCUUCCAAUCCACCGUCACCCACCCCGACCGCGCCAGCACCGUGACCCACGGGCCCUCGAAAUUCCUCGCCACCUCGACCGCCAACCUCACCCUCACCAUGAUCAAAGACAGCCAGUUCACCAAGAUGUUCGGCACCGCGACCUCCGCCCGUCCGGUGCCCCCGCUGUCCUACGCCCUCUUCGCCUUCCGCGACUGCAUGACCGUCUACGCCUCCUUCAACCUGCCCCCCCUCAUCGCGCCCGCCCUGCCGCUCAACGCCGCCGCCGAAUCGUACAUCUCCCGCGCCUCGGCCGCGCAGUUCCUCGCGCCCGCCGCCGUGCAACUCAUCAGCACGCCCUGCCAUCUCUACGGUCUGGACCUGUACAACCGGCCCGGCGAGGGGAAGGUUUCGGUCGCGGAUCGUCUGAGGAAAGUCGGCGCGGAUUGGGGCAAGAGCAGUCUUGCGCGGAUGUGUAGGAUUGUCCCUGCGUUCGGGUUCGGCGGCGUGGUCAACACUAGUAUGAGGAAGAGGAUGAUGACGGGGCUGGAAUGA